GCGGUAAAACCCGGAUGGGUAAGGAUCCUUUUUCUCCACUACGGUGAUUCUUACCCAAUCAUGUCCGGGGCAUGACGGGCACUGCUAACGCAAAUCAAAUCAAUGCCUCCGCAUCAGGACAGCUCCCAUAUCAUGGACGAGUAUUCCAAUAGCACGAAGGAGCUAGGACGUGAGUGUUACCGACUGGGGUGGUAUCCAAUCAUAGGCGGGGCAUGACAGGCUCUCCAGGUAAGUCGAUGCCACUGAACCCCACUCCGUGACCAGAUCUCCGACAGGACGAAACGUGCGAGCCAUAGACAUUUGCCAUACCUGUCAAGGCUCCAAAACCUGUUCGUUAUACUUGAAAGGUUACUCGGCACCUUCCACUACCAUAACAAUGGCUGCACCAUGGCAUGCGGCAUAUCCGGCUCCAGAACAUCAACCGGAAAGCCUGACGCGUGAAGAAGUCCUCAAGUCGAUGAAGGAAGUUAGCAGCGAUGCCAAACAGGACUUUGUUCUCAUUGAUUUGCGACGCAAUGACCAUGAGGGGGGAACGAUUCGUGGCUCCAUCAACCUGCCUGCCCAAAGCUUAUAUCCCACAAUCCCCAAGCUUUACGGUGUGUUCAAGGCCGCGGGUUUGCGCAAAAUAAUUUGGUAUUGCUCUUCGUCACGUGGGCGCGGUACGCGAGCUGCUGGUUGGUUCGGUGACUACAUCGCCAAUCGCGGCGACAGCGAGAUGAAAAGCUUGGUUUUGCUGGAAGGAAUCAAGGGCUGGGCAACGGCGGGCGGCGAAUUUGUGGAGUGGAUGGACGAAUAUGAACCCGCCGUCUGGUCUGUUGAAUGACCUAGUACGGAAUGCCAUAUUGUUAAUUCAUUUAUCUGUUAUUCUGCU